AUGAGCUUCUCCAGUCAAAUAUUCCGUUCACCGGAGUACACGAGCUUUAGGUGCAACGUGCCUCUCAAACAAAUCAUAUUGGACGAUACCGGCACGAAUAAGGGAUGGAGAGUGUAUGACACAGGUCCUCGUUCAGUUCAAACCCCGUUAGUGUUCUUGCAUCCGGUUAGUGGACGAGCCGAAGUCUUUUUCAAACAAUUGUUAACGCUCAGUUCAAAAGGCUAUCGAGUCAUAUCAGCUGAAAAUCCACCUUAUUGGAGUGUAACUGAAUGGUGUGAGGGAUUCAUGCAACUGUUGGAUCAUAUGGAUAUUAAGCAAGUGCAUUUAUUUGGUGCUUCAUUAGGUGGAUUUUUGGCUCAAAAGUUUGUAGAGUUUUCUACAAUUGUACAUCAACCUAAAGUUGUAUCACUAUUCUUGUGCAACUCUUUUACUGAUACAUCAAUAUUCAAAUAUAAAGAUGCUGCUGUUUUAUUUUGGAUUUUACCUGCGAUGGUGCUCAGGAAAAUGGUGUUAUCCAAUUUUUCAUCAAGGGAAACAUUUUACGAUACAAGAAUAAUGGAUUCAAUAGAUUUUAUGGUCGAACUGAUUGAGUCAUUGUCACAGGCUGAUCUAGCUUCUCGUUUGACCAUAAACUGUUUGAAUAGCCGCGUUAAUACAUCAUUGAUGAGAGGUUUAAAAAGUGUCACCAUUAUGGAUGUAUUUGAUGACUAUGCCUUAGGUUCGCCCAUCAAAGAAAAAAUUUACCAGGAAUACCCUGAAGCUAAACUGGCUCAACUCAAGUCUGGCGGUAAUUUUCCAUACCUAAGUCGCAGUGAUGAAGUUAAUUUACACUUGCAGAUACAUUUGAGAAAAUAUGAUGGUACUCCUUUUAGUGCAAGUGAUAACAUUCCCAAUGCAGAAUAA